CCCUUUGAAAUCGGGUUUCCAAAGCAACAUCAUUCGGUUGCGGUCUUGUUGCGCGAUGGUAUUGGUAAACCGACCAGUUUGCAGCGCUGGUUGGCUUAGUGGUGGACAAACUGGUUGAUUGUCAGUUGUAUGACAGUCGUAGAACCGCACGCACGUAAUCGCAGUUGAUCGAAGAUCCUUUGCUCUCGUCGUUCCCUAUAGAGUUUUGUGUUGUUUGCGCCUGCAGAGGUGACGUUUGUUUCGAUGUGCCCCCAAUUGUUGUCGCAGCCGUCGAUGUGUUGUUGGUUGUGUCGUAGCGAGUGAAUAGAGAUCGUGUGACGUGCAGCGGGAGAUAAGAAUUAUCGAUUUUCUUCCGAGUCGGGCGUGUUUUGGAGUGGAGGAAGUUGCGUAAAAUUGUAUCUCGGAAGGUAGCACUUUAAUAAGGUUGAACGAAGCAGUGCAGUGGAUUGAACGGAAACAGAGUGAUAAUUGUGUUGAACAAAAUUGGAUAGCAGUGAGACAGUGCUCGUAGACCACAGAUUUGGCUGAUGUGGUGAAACAUUUGGACGAAGAACAGCUAACAUUUAUGUUAAAAUCAUCAGGAAUGACUGUAACUCCGAUACGAAUGGCGAUGACCAGCCCGACGGUUCCCACUCAACAGAAGAGUGCCUCGCGGAUCAGUAACUUUAGUGUGGCGUCGCUAUUGGCCGAUACGCGGCCCAAGACGCCGUCAAGUUUGACGUCCGUCACGGAAGUGCUUCUACCGGCCAAUCUCUCCCAUGCGAGUAGUUCUCCCCGAUCAGCACACGACAGUGGAUCGAUAAAAAAUGACCUGGAUCGAUCGGACACCCCCCAUAGUCUUCUGGAGUCAGAUGAUUACGAUUCCAAUCAGGAGGACUCGAUAGUGGACAUUGAGGAUAUCAAUAACGAAAACAGUAGUUCACAGCCCGGCCUAUCGGAUAAAAGUUCUCCAGCACUCCUGCAGCAAUCGGCGGCGUUGGCAGCCGCCGGACAUGUUCCUAUCCGACCGACACCGUUCAGCGCCCUGGCGGCGGCAGCAGCGGCGUGGGGCGGCAUGAGUGGCGGUAUGCCCUGGCCGGCAGCCGCAGCCCGACAAAUGCCCCCAUUCGGUCCACCCGGUCUGUUCCCCGGGCAGGGCUUCGGAUCGGGCCAAUUAGGUGGAGCAUGCAGACAACUUGUAUCACUUUUCGAUAACGAACCCCCGCGUAUCAAAUGUAACCUCCGGAAGCACAAACCCAACCGGAAACCGCGCACCCCAUUCACCACCCAGCAGCUCCUGUCCCUCGAGAAGAAGUUCCGCGAGAAGCAGUACCUCAGCAUAGCGGAGCGGGCCGAGUUCAGUUCGUCGCUCCGUCUCACCGAAACCCAGGUGAAAAUCUGGUUCCAGAACCGGCGGGCGAAAGCGAAACGGCUCCAGGAGGCCGAGCUGGAGAAGAUCAAGAUGGCAGCCCUCGGACGAGCACCCGGUGCCCAGCUGUACAUGGGCUAUUUCCACCCCAGUCUGAUGGGCGGGGCGAUGCAUUUAGGUUGAACGCCACGCGCAACCCGACCGCAAACCCCCCGCAUCCUCCUCAACGGUAGGACUGUCGUGUUCCAAAGCAAGCAACCAUCCUGUUCUGUGAAUAUUAGCCUGUAGGAUCUCGCGUAUUGUAAAAAAGUAUCUCGAUCAACAAACCAAAUUAUAACUACACAUCAACUUUCUUCCCCUACCUUCGGAAGAAACGAGUCUCUCUCAUUCUACAGCGAAAGGGUCUCUGAAAUAUGUAAAUGAAGAAAUGUAGCAAAAGUUCAAAAGACAGAAUCGUAGGGGCUCAAUUCACUCUAUUUAUUACCACAUCCACCCCAAAAACAACAAGUCUACCCAUUUUAGUUAGGAAGCCUAAGCUCUUCCUCCCGUUGAGGCAAAGAAACACGCACCCAAUAAGAAACUAUGUGAGUUAGUUGCUCAGCAGUUGUUUACCCUUAUUUAAAUUCGAAAACAAAAAUCAGUCAUGAGCGAGGCCGUUCGUACGAGUGCCAGGUUGUAAAUAUUAGCCCAAUCAGCCAAAAAUAGAGAGGAAAGCGGUUCGGAAAACAAUUAAUUUCAGCACUUGGCCCGUCACUCCACAAUCACGCAUUCAAAUCAGUUCAAACAAGCAAUGCUUUUGUAAAUAUUUUCACUUCAGGCACAGUGACGAUGAGUUACGUACCGUGAGUGAGGUUAUUAUCUGGCUUAAUUGUUGUCAAACAAAAAGACGAAUAAAUUAUUCGCCGAGAGUAGCCAGAAGAACUGAACGCCAAGCCCCGGAGAGAUGAAACUCGCAUCCAGACGCCGGAGCGACAAGCUUGUGUGUGUAAAUAGUCUUUGUAAGUCCUAAUCGUGGAAGUCUAAGAGGAAACCCGUUGUGUAAAUAUAGCUUUUAAGAGGAAAGGCUUAGUAGGAAGAAGCAAUUGCAGUCAUCAUCCGGACUGUGCCACGUGUAAUUUAAAACGGAGUUUGAUUAGCUGGAAGAAUGAAUUGAAGCAAAUAAUUAUUGUACGUCUUCUAGGAUAAGGUUAAACUUAAUGAAUAAUCUAUUGUAAAUGAAUGAAUGAAAAUUACAAAAAGCCGCAAAACUUUAUCGGUAGAAGAAAAAGAAACAAGAGAAACAAGGUGAUUGAAAUAUGAUCAGCUCUUGGAAGGUACAAUAAAACAAUGUCACAAAGAAUGAAAA